UUCUGCGUCCUUUCCUUCCCAGGUCGCCACCGCGUCUCCGUCCUCCUCCCCCCUCCGCACCACCUCCACCAGGAGGCAACACGCGCCAACGAUCCUCCCGAGCCGCAGAAUCCCGCCCUGCGCGCUCGCAUUCGGCGCGCCGCCACCCAGGAUCUAGAAGGCCACGCGCCCGCGCCCCCCGCCGCCGGCCGCGCCAUGCCGCGGCGGGGCGAGACGGCGGUGGUCCCCAUUGACGCGGCCAGCGGCGAACGAGGAGGCCAGGAGCGGCCCAAGAGCGAGCGCCACCGGAGCCACGGCCCGGGACACCACGGCCGCCACGGCCCGCACCACCAGCACCGGAGCCGCCCGCCGCCGCCGCCGCCGCCCGUGUUCCGCCCGUUCCGGCGGUGGUUCCCGUUCCUUGUGCCGCUCUUCAUCGUCGCCAAUGUCGCCCUCUUCGUCCUCACCAUGUACGUCAACGAUUGCCCCGCGCACGCCCGGGCCGCCGGUGCCGCGAUAGGGGGAUCCGUCGGCGAGAGCGCCACCGCGCAGGGCUGCUGGCUCGCGCCGGAGCUCGGCAGGUUAGCGUUCCAGUCAUUCAAGGAGAACCCCCUCGUCGGCCCCUCCUCCGCCACGCUGUUGAAAAUGGGCGCACUGGAAACCAGUAAAGUUACCAAAGAUCACGAAGGCUGGCGCCUCAUUACAUGCAUUUGGUUGCAUGCUGGAGUUAUCCACAUACUUGCUAAUAUGUUGAGUCUCGUAUUGAUCGGAAUCAGGCUUGAGAAGGAGUUUGGCUUCUUGAGGAUUGGUACACUGUAUGUGAUCUCUGGUGUUGGUGGCAGCUUGCUGUCAUCUUUAUUUAUGGUGUCAAAUAUAUCUGUUGGUGCUUCAGGUGCACUAUUUGGACUAUUGGGCUCCAUGCUAUCAGAGCUCAUAACAAAUUGGACGAUAUAUGAGAACAAGAUCGCAGCACUCAUGACUCUGGUUAUGAUCAUUGUCAUCAACUUAGCUGUUGGGAUCCUUCCACAUGUUGACAACUUCGCUCACCUCGGAGGAUUUACAUCAGGGUUCUUUCUCGGUUUUGUGUUGCUAAUGCGACCGCAGUUUGGAUAUAUUAACCAAAAGAACUCUCCUCUUGGAUAUCCCAUGGGUGUAACUAAACAGAAGUUCAAGAUAUACCAAAUCAUACUUUUUGUUAUUGCGCUAGUGAUAUUAAUUUCUGGGUUUACUGUUGGCUUGGUGUUGCUUUUUCAAGGCUUCAAUGCUAGUGAACACUGUUCUUGGUGCCAUUAUUUGAGCUGUGUGCCUACUUCAAAGUGGAGCUGCAAAGCACCAAGUAACUAUUGCAUGUCUUCACAGCUUGGAAAUCAAUUAAAUCUGACAUGCCAAAGCACUGGAAAGGCCGCAACAUAUGUUCUCAGCAAUCCAAACAACACGGAAGCAAUUAAAAAUCUUUGUGUUGGCCUUUGCAGUUAAUGGUGAAUGUAUGUACUUUCUAACCUGGAAUUGAUGCCAGCAUAUUAUGGAAAAGAUAAAUAGAAGUUGAUGUUGACAUUGAGAUUCUCUGGUAAUGCUUUUAUGGGCGUCUAUGGUUUUUA